GCCCCAUCCCCAGCGAAUUCCACCCCAGUUCCAGCAGCAUGAUGGAGAAAGAAUCCCCGCCACCAGCAGCAGCGCAGGCGACGCAACCCACCGAUCCCCUCCCCCACCCAGGCCCCGCGCCGAUGCGGCCGCCGUCGCCGCCGCGUCCGCCGCUCGCGUUCCCGACGCUGGACUCCCUCGCGGCGUUCCUCCGCCCGCGCCUGCCUCCCCAGGCGCUCGCCUCCUGGGGCGCCGCGCCGGGGACCAAGACCCUCCUCAACCUCUUCCUCGAGCUCUCCCACGGCGACUGCGCGCUCCACCUCCCCGCCACCCCGCCGCCGCGGGUCGUCCGCGACGUCCACGUCGCCACCGUCCGCAUCCGCAACCGCUGCGGCGCGCGCCUCGUGGAGACCCGCCAACUCCUCUCCGACGGCAGGAUCCGGUCCCGCGGCCCGCGGCCGCUCUCGGAGAAGAUGCGGCCCGGCGAGUCCCCCGAGGCCGCCGCGGCGCGCGCUGUGGAUGAGGAGCUCGGCGAGAGUGCCCGCGUCCGGAUCCUGGGGGCCGCGGAGGCGCGCGUGGAGGAGCGGGAGUCCGCGUCCUACCCGGGGCUCCCCGCCAGGUACGUGCUGCACGCGGUGGACGCCGAGGUGGUGGACGGCGUGCCCGAGGACGGGGAGUUCGAGACGGAAGAGACCGGCGAGGACGAGGGGUGCGGCGGGGCCAUCACCGUGAAGCGGCACUACUGGGAAUGGGUGAAGGACGACGGCGACAGUGAGCACAAGGAGGUCGCGGCCGCUGCCGGCGCUCCCGCGCGCUAGGAGGGAGGAUACUAGCAUUCCCUGCCGGAAUCGGCGGUACGAACUAGGAAGUGCAUGGGCGAACAAAUUGGGGCUCAUUUCAUGGUCAUUUUGUCUGCAAGUUCCUCUGCUUCAGAUUGUUUGACGUGUGCUUCUCUGCACCGAUAUGAAUUGUGGAAUCCCAAUGUCUCUCAAAACAUCGAUCUGGGUCCUGCUUGUGGAAUAAUUCGAACGUCCUGGUCUGAAGCAAUCGGGGGGUUCCUUACAGUUUAAUCGUGUUGUUCGUUCCCCUUCCGCGGUUGCAUGACCUUUCUUGAUCGAGCUUUGGUCUCGACUCUUGAGCUGU